CUUUUUUGUUCGUUUGCUGGCCUGCUGCUUUUUCCCGUGGCUGCUUUUUCCUUCCCCUCCCGCCCUCUCUGAGAGCGGAGUGGGGAGGGGGGGGGAAGAGGAAGAGGAGGAGUGCAAACAGAAAUGCAGCGCGGCUCGCCCUGAGCCCGGCCGCGGGAGCGGAGCGGAGCUGCGUCCAUGUGCGCGCACUGCCGCGCCGCGCCUCGGAGCAACCGCGCUGGGGCCGGGGCCGGCCGCGGGCCGGGGGGGCUCUGACUCAUCCCACGGCCCCUCACCGGAGGGCGGCCGGCGGGAGGAAGCGCCGCCGCCUGCGCCCGAGCGGAGCGGCACCGCGCCGCAGGGACUCGCGGAUCCUCCGCGCUCCCCCCCGCCCCCCCCCCGGACACAGCUGCUGCCAGCGGACCUUUGCGAGCGGGGCAGCCGCCUCCCGGAUUUACAAGGCGCGGGGGCACCGCCAGCCCGGCCGGGGGGUCUCGCCGACGGCCGCCCGCGCCGGGAUUUGCGCUCCCCGGGGACAGACCCAUGGGCGACGGGGUCCGGCGGCCAGCCAUGGUUGUUAGCCCGGGCGCCCUGCUCCGCCUGGCCGGCUGAGCCCUCCCCGGCGCCGGGACUCGGGGCUGCAGCGCGUUCAGCGGGGCGUCCCCGUCCCCCGUCCCCGCGGGGCGCGGCGGAGGCUCGGCCCCAGCGCGCCCGGGCGGCGCCCCCCGGAGCGGAGCGGCGCGGGGGGGCCCAUGAGCGGCGAUGGCAGCGGCUAUCGCCAGCUCGUUGAUCCGGCAGAAGCGGCAGGCGAGGGAGUCCAACAGCGACCGGGUGUCCGCCUCCAAGCGCCGCUCCAGCCCCAGCAAGGACGGGCGCUCCCUCUGCGAGAGGCACGUUCUGGGGGUCUUCAGCAAAGUGCGUUUCUGCAGCGGCAGGAAAAGGCCGGUGAGGAGGAGACCGGAACCCCAGCUGAAAGGAAUUGUGACAAGGUUAUUCAGCCAGCAGGAAUACUUCCUGCAGAUGCACCCAGAUGGUACAAUUGAUGGGACCAAGGAUGAAAACAGCGACUACACCCUUUUCAAUCUAAUUCCUGUGGGUCUUCGUGUGGUGGCAAUCCAAGGGGUGAAGGCAGGUCUGUACGUUGCCAUGAACGCUGAGGGAUAUCUCUACAGCUCAGAUGUUUUCACACCAGAGUGCAAAUUUAAGGAGUCUGUCUUUGAAAACUACUACGUUAUUUAUUCUUCCACGCUGUAUCGGCAGCAAGAAUCCGGACGAGCGUGGUUCCUGGGACUCAAUAAAGAAGGUCAAAUUAUGAAGGGAAACCGAGUGAAAAAAACCAAACCCUCAUCACAUUUUGUACCCAAGCCCAUUGAAGUGUGCAUGUACAGAGAGCCAUCGCUGCAUGAAAUUGGAGAAAAACAAGGACGCUCAAGAAAAAGUUCAGGGACACCAACCAUGAAUGGAGGCAAAGUUGUUAACCAAGACUCGACAUAGCUGACAAAUACACUCCCUUCUUCCAACUCCUCCCCUCCCACCCACCUACCCACCCCACCUGGCGAAACCACACUGAGAAGAUGACAACUGAGCAAGGCAGGACC